AUGUCUUCAUUCAGGAAAUUGGGGCUCUUUCUGGGUAGUCCAGGACGAGGGAUCCCAAUUCAGGCCUCUGACCCCCUCCAACUCCCGGGCAGGUCUUUCCCAGCCGUCGAAGAGGAGGAAGACGAGAAACUCCCUAUCCAAACAGCCGCCUCCGUGGACCUGGAAGGCCGUCGAAAGCUCUGCCGAACUGGGCGAUUAUACGACAAAGUGACCAACCUGGCCGGGACGCGAGUCAGUUUCUGUGUGACGCUCGCCUGUCUGGUCGGAUGGGGCAUUGCGGGUGGUUUGACGGGCGCGGGAGAAACAUGGCAGAUUGUCCUGCAGGAUGCGAGUUCCAUCCAGUGUUAUUUCUCCGACUCGCUGCUGAUGCGACAGCAGCAGAUCAACUACUCCAAGUUACUGAUGCUAGUCUGUCGGUUGAGGUCGCGCGGUGCUACCUGUUGUCGGGUUCUGGAGCAGGCAAUGAAGGAGGAACAUUACCAACAAGAGAAAAUCCCUGCAGGACCAGUGGAAAUCGAAUUGGAUGAGAGCCUGCAUGAUACUGUCACACUGCCCGCGUAUGGCAUCCUCGAUCAUAUCGGCAACUUUGGUGCGAGGGUGUUUGGCUCAGUGUAUGCCUUCAUCAUCUACUGGGCUGGUAUCAUCGUGUGGAUUGCAAUGGGCCCCGGCAUGGGCUGGGGAGAUCUGUGGCAGCUCUACGUCAACACGGCUACUGCGGCAGAGCUGACUUUCACCAGCAUGUUCCUCCAAAACACCCGCUACCAACACAUGAAGUACCUUGAGAAAUGCCAUGCCUCGAUCCUCGACGCAGAUUGCGAAAUGGAACGACGUGUCCGUCAUAUCAAGGGUGACACGGUGCCGAACCCGAUGGUGGAGAUUCCUGCUCUGCCAGUCACUCGGGGUCAUCGAGCGAUCGACUACUACGCAGCCAUUGUGGGAACAGGCACUGGCCUCGUCAUCUCCUCAGUCGUCUUUGCCAUAUGGAUUGGAAUCGGAAACCUCAUGAGCUGGAACUCCAAUUGGUGGCUCAUCAUCGGCACCUAUACCGGUCUUGUUGGUUUCCUCGAUGGAUUCGUCUUGCGAAGUGUCUAUUUCCGAGAGAAUAUCCACAUCGACGAGCAGUUCCAGAUCCUCGCCCAAGAAGACGCUGCUCUGUAUGAGAUACUCGGGAUCCGUGAACCUGGCGAGCACCUCCCAUCCGAAGAUUCCUUGCAGUACCGCAUCAGUCGAGGACUGGGAUACAUCUUCUCGCAGUCUUACUCCGUAUUGGCCUCAUUGAUUGUGAUUGUGGCCUUGAUCUGCGUCGCCAGUGGUUUGAAAUGGUCUGAAACGGGGCAGUUGCUGUGCAACACCCCCACGAUGAUCAUUGAGGGAUUCCUCCUACUGGUGCUUAUCGAAGCACACAACGUCUCUCAUCGUCGUCGCCGGGCGGAGAUCAAGGCAAUUCUGGUCCGACGACUGCGUAUCAAUGCUCGGAUGAAGGCGAUUUUCGAGCCCCGGGGACUCACUCCUGGGCAGGUUCUAUUUCAGAAAUAG